GUUCUGUGAAAACCAUGAUUGCGAAUGGACAACAAACCAUGUGGCGCCAUCGCCACCUGGCCACUAUCCUCCUGCUGGCGGUGUGCGUUUCCCAAGGAUCUGGAUUAGCCUUGGACCAACCCGAAGGACGCGUUGUGGGUGGAAAAGCGGCGGCGGCCAAUAGUGCUCCGUAUAUAGUGUCCAUGCAGUACGGAGGAACUCACUAUUGCGCCGCUAACAUCAUUAAUUCCAACUGGCUGGUAACGGCUGCUCACUGCCUGGCCAAUAGGAAUCAAGUACUUGGAAGCACCCUGGUGGCUGGAAGCAUUGCGGUGGCCGGAACAGCGAGCACAACACAGAAGAGGCAAAUCACCCACUAUGUGAUCAAUGAUCUUUAUACCGGCGGAACUGUGCCCUAUGACAUCGGAUUGAUUUACACGCCCACCGCCUUCACUUGGACCGCUGCAGUGGCUCCGGUGAAGCUGCCAUCGUCCGGCGUGAGGCCAACUGGAAAGGCUGACCUCUUUGGCUGGGGCAGUACUAGCAAAACGAAUAGCCCCUCAUAUCCGAAAACCCUCCAGGAGGCGAAGAACAUACCCAUCAUAAGCCUCGACUCCUGCGCUGCGGCACUUGGCUCUAAGGGUCAGGAUGUGCACACCACGAACCUGUGCACAGGUCCUCUCACCGGCGGCACCAGCUUUUGCACCUCGGACUCCGGUGGUCCGCUGGUCCAGGGAAACGUUCUAAUCGGCAUCGUGUCUUGGGGAAAACUUCCAUGUGGUCAGCCCAACUCUCCGUCGGUGUAUGUCCAGGUCUCCUCGUUCAUAACAUGGAUAGCAGCCAACCAAAAGAAAUGAAUUCUGGAGUAUAAGAUAGUAUCUGAAUAAAGAAAUACUUAUGAGAUUGCAGUAUCACGUGCUUAUUAUAAAUGACAACUUUUAGAGUCUUUAAAAUCAUGCAUUAAUUGAUUGUAAUGUAUCUUUGAAAGAACUUAAAAGCAUUUAUAUACAUUUUGUUAUAUGUCGAAUUAUCUUAUCUAAUAAAUAAAUAGAGCUAGUUUAAGAAGAUGGUAACCAAUGUAUAUAUAUAUUUUAUAACAAAGUAAAUCAGAUAAGACUAUAAAUGUUUUAGAUAUCCAACUUAUAUGUGAACCCAAUUUUAACUAGAU